AUGGUCGAGAUCACGAUAGGAUAUGUCGCUGGAUUUAUUGCAGCGGCGGUCUUUGUUGUACGAUUAUGGAUUCCGACUAUCCUGACAUUUAUUUUGUCGGGAGCUUUACAAGACAAGAACACGGCUGCAACAUGGAAUGUAGCCGGACGUGCUCUUCAAAAGUCUUACUGGCCGAUGAUUCUCAGCGCCGAUACUUCACGUAACCAUGGAGUGCGAACCAAGGUUGUCAUCAUCACAAGUCUGAUUACGUUGAUGUCAAUUAUCGUCGCUAUAGCUGGCGUUAUCACUCCACUUGGUCUUUACGAAGCUUUAGUUGAGGCGGAUUCAGCAAACGUUGCAUUCCAAUAUGUCAAGGAUUCUUCACCUUUCGACUAUGGUACCCCUCCCAGGAGCAAUCUUUCUUUCAACCGAGCAUGUUUCCCCUCACCUUGCCCUUUCUCGGACACAAUAGCUAUUGGUACCAUUUAUUCCAGUGGCAAUGGAAGCUAUGACUUUCCUUACGGGUAUAAUACGUCCAUCCCAAACUUCAUCACCGAAGCAUACUCUAGCGGGACAGCAGAUGACAGCACCAUUUCGAAUUAUUUCGACAUUCAAUGGAGGAGAUACGUUACUACGAACGAUGAAAGAUACAAUAAUGGCUCAACAUACCUCAUCGGGGCAUUUCGUCAAAUGCAAAGCAUGGUCCUGAACAACGACAUCGAAGCAGUGGAAGGCCUGAUCGUCGAUACCAUCAAUGGAGGUAUAGGAAUGCGGAAUCACAGUGUCCCACCCGGCUUCGAACAUGGCGCUGCUUGGUCUGAGGACCUGCUCUUCAUCGAACCUGAGACAGUUUGUGUGGAUACAAAUAUCACAAUAGAUUACACUGUGGCACCAGGCCAGAAUUUCACCACUUCCAUCAUCGAUCUAGUCUUGACAGACCAUGGUGGCUUUGUCAAUGCCAAUACGACGUACCCGGAAGCGAACCUGACCGAUACGCAAGCGAAUCCUGAUUUAUGGAUGAGAGCAUACAAGGCAGGCUGGAUGACAAAUGCUUGGACUAUGUUCUACUACAACAUCACAAAUCCGCAUGACGAGACAACUGGACGACACGCAUUCUCAUACCUGAAUUCACAGCUUGGCAAGACUUUUCCACUUCCUAUCUACGAAGACGAGAUGACUCCAUACGAUAGUCUGGCAAUGGAUACCUCUUUCUAUUAUCACUUGAAUAUGCUGAGUGGAACGGGAAUUACCAAUUCCUCUUCACCUGCAGAUUCAGGACCUCCUACGAAUCCCUUUGAUAUUACUAGUAGCAACUUCACUGAUAUUUCCCUUAUCUGUGCUGGUGCCGGUGGUCAGGAUUUCGCCAAUAUUACGAACAUUUUCGUCAGUUGCGGUCUCAUGCGAGGCAUUCCGCAGAGAAAGGACAACGGUUCGCCACUUAUCUUUGACAGUGGUAGCCGAUGGACUCAACCACUUUACUCGUGUGCAACUGCGGUGAAAGCGACAAUCAAAACCGUCUCACUUACCUAUAACGGGACUGACGAGUUGAAGAGCUUGGCCGUCAACAGUGUCAAAGAUAAGAUAUAUCCUUCGGAAGAGGUCAAGCCGCUAUGGGGCGUCGAAAACACUGACAACACCUACACCAUGGCCUCAAUUUCUUUGAUCUGGGGCCUCAUCUCAUCUGCUUGGGAAACAAAUCCGAAGAUUUCCACAGUUCGACAAGAAUCACUCUACCUUCCCGGCUACGGUGUCUCAACUUCUGCGCCCCUCCGCGUCACUUCACAGAACCUACCCGCAAGUGACUUCUAUCAGACCGCAGUUGGAGGAGCGUAUGAUGUGGGCGACUCAUCAAGCGCAGACUUUGAUUAUAGUGGUGAAAACAACAUGGCAAUGUGGGUUCGAUGGCAGAACCUUUCAAGCUCACCUGAGACGGCGGCUUUGAUUCCGAAUUCGAUCUUCACAGAUUACGCUGCAGCUGCGGUCGUCGGUACGAAAGGUGUUCUUGGGCCGGGCAACGCAGCAACUCUUAACCUGGUUGACAUCAGAGUCAUACCAACCGUGGCGAGGAUCCGAUAUCACUACGCAUUUGCCAUACCAGCAUUGAUCGUAGUGAUAGGGCUGUUGGCAACCACUACUGUUGCGAUCCUGAUGUUGGUGUUCCGACGUGGUGUUUUGGGAGAAAUGAGGAGGCAUCUGAAGCAGAGCGCGACUGGAAGGGUGCUCACGACGUUUUUGUAUCCGGAUAUGGAAGUGAUGGAUUUGACAGAGAAGGUAUGGAGUGAGAAGUUUGCGAAAGUAGAGGUUGAUAUGCGGGGCGACUGUCCAAGUCUUAGUGGGGUUAGAGAACUUGAGAGAUCAGGAUACAGAGCAGGCACUGCAGGCCUUUCUGGGUACAAUGAGUACAAACAUAUCACAAUUCAACAAGAAAAGAUCUGCGCUAUCGUCGAUGAAUACAGAAGCAGCACAGCUUUCAAGACAGACAUAUGA